AUGCGGUACCUCGCAGCCGCCAAGGCAUCUACAUAUGCCUUGCUUUCAGUCUUUUCCUUGAUCAGCAUCACUUCUGCCUGGCCAACGUACAAUCUACACAACUCUCAGCUCGCGAAACGUCAAGGCCCAGGAGAUCUUCCUUCACAGGGAGGUCAAACUGAAGAACCAGUCUUCAACGAAGAGUACGACUUCAUCGUCGCAGGUGGAGGAACGGCGGGUCUCGUCUUGGCUAACCGCCUUACUGAGUCUGGACACUUCUCUGUGCUAGUUCUCGAAGCUGGGCCCAGUCCCGAACAAGUUCUGGCAUACGAAUCGCCGGGAGGCAACCAAUUCAUCAAAGGCAGCGUAAUCGACUGGGGUCUGCUUACCACCCCACAAGAGCAUCUGAACAACCGCACCCUCCAGUAUCUCCGCGGACGAACUCUCGGUGGCUCGAGCACGACGAACGGUCUUUACUAUGCGCGGGGCUCAGCUAGUGUAUACGAUCAUUGGGCCAGAUUGGGUAACCCUGGAUGGAGCUGGAACGAUGUCUACCGCCUGUUCAAGAAGAGUACGAAGUUGAAUGCGCCCACCUCGACGGCGGAGCUUUCGGCGUUCAGCCAAGAGUACAAGACGUUCAACGAAGAUGCUUAUAGCGACGGGCCGCUCCAGCUGGGUUUCCAGGGAUACGUUCCACCAUCUACCGAAGGAUUCGUCGUUGCUUGCAGCGAGGCUGCCGAUAUCCCCAUCGUCGAGGAUCUCAACCUCGGAGACGGCGAAGGGGUCAAGCAUGGAACGACGACGAUGGACAGCAUGCUGCGAAGGAGCUCCAGUUACGACAGCUUCUAUCAGCAAGCUCGCAACCGAACGAACCUCAAGGUGCUGCAUGACGCUCCUGUGACCGGUAUCGUCAUGAGCAAGCCAUCAUCGACGAACUCCACUAGCAAGCCGCGUGCCAUUGGUGUCAGCUACAUCAACCAAAUCACUGGUUUCGUAAGCCAAGCCAGAGCGCGAAACGAAGUCAUCGUCAGCAUGGGUGCCUUCCACUCACCGCAGCUCCUCAUGGUCUCAGGUAUUGGUCCGGCCGAUGAACUCGAGAAGGUUGGCAUUACGCCUGUCGUCGUCAAUGAGAAUGUUGGCCAUCAUCUCAAUGACCACUCAGUCUUCAGCAUCAUGGCGCGUGCCCAGGACAACGCUUCCACCACGGAUAUGUCUCGUACACCCCAAAAUCUGCGCGCUGCUCAGGAAGCAUUCUACCAAAACCUCACCGGCCAAUAUACUGCUCCUUCCGGUGUCACAAACGGCUUCCAAAAGCUCAGCGAGCAGCAACUACGCGACAUCGGCGCUCAGGCUGUCAUCGACGCUGGCCUGGCGAACCAGACUCACAUCGAGUAUCUCUUCGAGAGCGUAUGGUACCCAUGGAUUCCAACACCAUACUGGGCGCCGCUAUCAAACGACUCCUACAUCUCAGUCACCGCAUCAAGCAUGGUCCAGCUCUCCCGCGGCACAGUCAGCCUCCGCAGUGCCUCCAUGUCCGACAGCCCCCUCAUCAACAGCAACUACUACGCCGACCCCACCGACAGCGCCAUCGGUAUCGCUUCAUUCAAGUACCUCCGCGCUAUCCUUCGCCACCCGGCCUUGUCGCGCUUCACUAUCGGUCCGAAUUCUGGAGAGGUCAGCCCUGGUCCGGCUGUUGCUGAUGACGACGACGAAGCUAUCCUAGAGUACAUCAAGGCGAAUACCAUUCCCAACUGGCAUGCUACGGGUACGAAUCAGAUGCUGCCGCAGGAAGAUGGUGGUGUUGUGGAUAGUAGGCUGAGGGUGUAUGGUGUUGAUGGGCUGAGAGUUGUUGAUUGCAGUAUUGUACCGGUACUUCCGGAUGCUAAUAUCUUGGCGAGUAUCUAUAUGGUGGCUGAGAAGGGUAGUGAAAUGAUUAGGGAAGACUGGGGUGAUGCGAUGUACUAA